CAGCAGUCCUUGACCCCCAACCAAGUCCGUCAUCCACUCCACGCAGCCGUUGCUGGAUUUUUGUCUUUCUUCUCGCAUCAACACCCAAUUCACACACCGCACCCACACCGGCCAGCCGACACCCGUAGUCGUCGACAACAACAGCCAACAUGCCUAAGAACAAGGGAAAGGGUGGUAAGAACAGGAGAAGAGGAAAGAACGAGAACGACAAUGAGAAGCGCGAGUUGACCUUCAAGGAGGAGGGUCAAGAGUACGCUCAGGUCAUCAAGAUGCUGGGUAACGGCAGACUCGAGGCUAUGUGCUUCGACGGUGUCAAGCGUCUCGGUCUCAUUCGCGGCAAGCUUCGCAAGAAGAUCUGGAUCAACAACGGUGACAUCAUCCUUGUCUCCCUCCGUGAGUACCAGGACGAGAAGGGUGAUGUUAUCCUCAAGUACUCUGCCGACGAGGCCCGUUCUCUGAAGGCCUACGGCGAGCUUCCCGACACCGCCAAGAUCAACGAGACCGACACCUUCGGCCCCAACGAGGACGGCGACUGCGGCUUCGAGUUCGACGAGGACCGUGACUCCGAGGACGAGGAGGGCGCCGAGGCCGGUGGCAAGGCCGUUGAUAUCGACGACAUCUAAACGUGUCGUCGCCUUCUCAACACCCUAUCGUCGCCUCAUUCUUCUCGGCACCUAAGAGGAAAAGAGGCAACAAACGCCAAAUUGUUACCGAAACAUGCGAAAUAACGCCACCCUUUCCCAACUUCCCCCUUCUUCCUAUCCACUCCCUUUUACCUCCUUCUCUCCAAGUCGGUAUCCCCAAAGGGUCUGGCCAGGAAGUAAAGGGGUCGUCCAGGAAAGUCCAAAAAAGCUGUCUUCUCUCUCAAACCAUUCUGGUGGUCUCUGUUUUCGGUGUGUGUCGGCCGUACGCAGCCAGCCCACAUUUUUUUUCAACCCAUCAACCAUACCGUUAACAGCAGCCAGUUUGGUUCCCCGACAGUUUGGUGUGCCUGUUAUUUCUUUGUUUUUUUCGGUA